ACAUAUAACUGGAACCGAUUAAUCGUGUGAUCUCUCUCUUGAUAAUUUAUGAUGGGUAACUGUUUUAAGGCAAUUUUUCGAAGAUAAACAAUAUGACUCUUUUCCCAUAUCGAGUUAGUUGAAAAACUCGAAAAUCACUUCAAAGUAAUAAUUUAACUUCUGCUUUUAAUGAUGGCCGAAGGUUACAAGUAUGAAGAAGAGAAAGGAAAAAAUGAAGUAAAUAAUUCAGGAGAAAGAAACUCGGUUCCCAGUAGUAGUCAUGAGGAUGUAGCCAAUUGGUCAUAUUAUCACAAUCAUGCCAAUGAGUACUCGUUAGAUUUGUCUUAUUUGAACUUAGAUGGAAUUACUUUACAUCACAAUUUGGAAAUAUUCAAGGCACCUGAUGAAUAUGACGAAGAUGAAAGAAACGUUUGUAAGAGACAUGUACACUAUUUGUAUCUUCAACAUAACAGAUUGGAUUUUAUUCCUGAAAAUAUCAAUAAAUUUAAGAAUUUGAAGCAUAUUGAUUUAAGCAACAAUUUUUUAACUGAAAUAAAUGAAGCUGUAUUUGAAUUGACUCAACUAAAUAUAUUAAUUGCUCGAAAUAAUUUUCUAGGAGAUUUUUCACUUCCAAAAAAAUUCGGCCAGCUCCAUAAUCUGGAAGAAUUGAACCUAAGUGGAAAUUUAUUCAAAACGGUGCCUCCAGAAAUAAUCGACAUUCGUAGUUUGAAAUCAUUGUAUAUGGGUGGCAAUCAACUUGAAGAAGUACCACGAGAUAUUUGGAAGUUAGAAAAGUUGGAAGUUCUCUAUCUUGGUGGCAACAAUCUGAAGGAUAUUCCUGCCGAAAUGGGUCGAUUGCACUUUUUGCGAUCUCUCGUCUUGUGUGAGAAUCAGCUUCAGAGCUUGCCUUCAACGAUAUCUUGCCUUCGUCGAUUGAGAUCACUCUCUUUACAUAAAAAUCAGUUAACCACAUUGCCACCAGAAAUAGUUACUCUCAAAGGUCUUGUUGAACUCAGUUUACGUGAUAAUCCCUUAGUUGUAAGAUUUGUGCAAGACAUGACAUAUGAUCCUCCAUCGCUAAGAGAACUUGCUGCUAGGAGUAUAAAACAAUUUCGUGUUCCUUAUAAAGACAAAGAUCUACCUCCAAAUUUAGUGUACUAUCUGAAAAGUGCUUGUAGGUGUGUUAACCCUAAGUGUCGAGGGGUGUAUUUUGAUGUUCGAGUGGAACACAUAAAAUUUGUGGACUUUUGCGGAAAAUACAGAAUACCUCUUCUUCAAUAUUUAUGCUCACCAAGAUGCAGUACAACUCCAGCAAUAGGAUCUGUAUCAGAUACUACUAGCUCUGAUGAUGACAGUGACAUACCAGAGAGUCGUUUACGACGGGUUUUACUGGGUUAAAAUAUAUAACAUUUUAAAGUUUUCAGUAACAACUGUGAAAUUGUAUCACACGUGAGAAGAGUUCUCAGAAUAUAAACCUUUUCUAAUCAUCUUUAAAAAUCAGUCCUAAAAUUUUCCAUAUAAAAUUUUUAAUGAAUAUCUGACAUGAUUUGAUAUAACAAAUAUAUGUAUCUAAAUGUGCAUUUCUUUGAUAAAUUUAAUGUAUGUUGGAAAGCAGUUUGAAUUCUCCAUUCACAGUACAUAUCAUUUAUCUUUCGAUUAAAAAAAAAAGGAACAAUUUUUUUUUUUUUUUUUGCUUAACAGUUUUACCUGUAUGUCAUCAUAUGGGUAAUUGUUUUCUUGUUUAUACCAAAAAAUAUUCUUCCUGCAUCAUUCUUCGUUUUAAAAUAGACCAUACCAAAGUAUUAAUUUAUAGCUAAAAUUUCCAGAUGUAUAAUAAAUAUGAAAUCUAAAGCUAUGUAAAAUGCUUAUUACUUCUUAUAUGUUUAAAAAAAAGCCAAAAUUAUGGGAGUACUUAUGUAAAAUAAGCAUACUACUUGUAUGUGUGAGAAAAACCAACAUUAUAAGGGUCAUUGUAAUUUCUUUCUCUUUCUCUGUAUGGUAUGUAUAUAUAAAACUUUAUUUGGUAUGAUUUUCUUAUAUGUAAAUCAUCUUAAAAAUGCCUUCUUUCAAAUUCUGCAGUUAAUAAGAUAGAUAAUUUUCAAGCAAAUCUAUCUUGAAUCUAAAAUUGAACUGAGAAAUGGUUAAUUAAAAAUGUACUGUUAUUUAUUCUGUGAAUAAAAUAUUCAAUUUUAGGUGCUUUUUUAUGUUAAGUAAAAUAUUUAAUAUCUCCAUUGAAAAAGAUUAAUCUGUGAAUGAGCAAAUAGUUAUACUGGUCAUAUAUUGCAUCAUUAAUUGUAUUAACUGAAAUAGCACCACAUGUAUUUUUGUGUCGUAUAAAAAAAAUUUUAAAAUUUUGUAAAAGGAAUUUUUGUAUGCAAAUGUUCCCUUGCAUAAAAUAAUUUAAUGUUAAAUAAUAAAGUAUAAUUCUGUUUAUUCAAAUUAUAUUUUUUUAGACAAAUGAAGUUAAUUGUUAAUCUGCUUGCCUGUUUUUAAUGUUUUUGUUGAUUUAAAUAAUACAGAAAGAUAAAAUAAUAGGAUAUAUACUUUUAAGAAGCUUAAAUUAGUUCAGAUAAAUGUGUGUUACAUGCUGAUUGGCAUACAGUAAAAAAAUGUGUCACAAAUCACAUAAGUAUUUCAGGCAUUUAUUUCAUAUAAUCAAUUAAUAUGUGACAAAUCUUCUGAUGAAUAUGCAUUUAACAAAAAUAGUGAUACUAUAUUGGUAUUUGUUCGCUUCAUGAAUCAUUGCAUAACCAUAACAAGUCCCUCCCUUCCCUAAAAGCAGAUUAAACAUCACUGACAUUUUAUGUGCAUUCUUUCUUUAGGCAAGGAAUUUUUUAUAGCACAUAGUAAUUGCAGUCAGUUACUUCCUGUUAACUUCUGAUACAAGUUAUGUUUUUUUUUUUUUUUUUUUUUUUUUUUUUUUUUUUUUCUCUUUAAAGAUCUCUGAAUGAAAAAUAAUUUUAUUUUUCAGUUUUGUUGAUAAAAUGUCUUGCAUUUUUUAUGCAAAUAAAAAUAUUUUAUGCACUUUUAGUAAACAAUCUGUAUGGAAGUAAAAAGUUUCCCCGUCUACAGAAGAAAUGACAAUCCCAUUUUUCAAUUUUUUUUUUUUUUUUUUUUAUUUUUUUUUUUUUUUUUUUUUUUUUUAUUAUCUGUAUGAGAUGUAUCCCACAUAGUCUAGGUUUUCAGAACUCUGCUGUAAAUAAGUAACAAUUUUAUAUCUUUUUUAUUUAAUGAAUGAACAAAUACCGGUGUUAUAGAUACCACAGUUGUCUUGAUUUGUUUGCAGUUCAUAUUUUGUGGCACAUUUGCAAUGUUUUUCAAGUUGGUAUUUAAUUUUUGAGAAAAAUUUAUAGUAUGUCACGAAGUACAAGCUUUAUAACCUUAGCCAAGAAUUAUUUUAUAUGAUCACUGUCUCAGAGAAAUUUACUUUCAGAGAUAUUUAAACAUUCACUUUUUUUGUCUGAUAUUUUAAUCUUAUGAAACUUCAGUUUGAAUUUAAAAAAAUUUCACCCAAAAUUUUUUUCUAUUUUUUUUUUUUUUUUCAUUUUGUAUCAUUUCCAUAAAAUAUUUUUGCAACUGAGGUAUUGUGCGUAGUUUUUAUUAAUCAAGAGUUCCAUUUGCUGUUUUAUAGUUCAUAACUGUUUUAGACCAUAGAAAUUAAAAAUUUUGUAUUAUAUAAAAAAUUUGUACUUGUAUAUGUUAAGAUACUAAGAACUCGCAUAUUAUAAUUAUGUUUUCACAUGUUUAUUUUUCCAUCAACUGUUUGUCAAAAGAGUUAUUUUACCAAAGAAUUUUGGUGUGAUUUUUUUCUUCAGUUAAUGAGAAAUAAAUAUCUUCUGAAAGCUGAAUUUUUUAUGGAAAGUGAAUAACUAUGUGGAUACUUUGUGUAGAAAGUAAAUACUCUUGGCAAGUAAAUGUGUUUUAAAGUCUACUUAAUGGUGCUAUUUGUUAUGCUUGAAAUAUUUAUCUAUAAAAUAUAUUUUUAACAAAUUCAUAUUUUUUUUUAAUUCUUACAAUAUGUUUUGUAAUAUUUAUAUGUGAAUAUUAAAAUAUUCAAAUUGCUCAACUAUUUUAAUUACAUUGUUAUUAAAUUCUAAUAUACUGUUUUAUAGUGUUGAUUCUUUGAAUUAAAUAUAUCUAUAUCUGUGUAUAUAUUUCUAAAACUGACAAUAGCAUGUUACAUUUUAUGUGUCACAAAUAAAAAUUGUUUUUUGGUAUUUUGUUUCAUGUUCAAGAUAUGCAUAUUUUAUUUUAAGUAUAUAAUCUUUCAAAAAUCAUAUAGAUGUAACUGUUUAUUUUUCCAAAGGCAUAGCACAUACUGUUUGAUAUACUUUUUCUUAAUAACAAUUAAUGGUGCAAAUAUUCCUAACAGUUAUCAAUAAGAUGUAAUUCAGAUCACUUGAAUUAGAUAUUUUAUAAAUUACACAGUCUUCAUUUAUUAUAGAUGUUAUUUAGAAAUAUGUAAAUCACCUUGAAAUCAUUCAGGUAGCUAAGCAGCACAUAAGCUUUAACUUAAAAAGUCCUCCUAUACUGAAUGGCUAAUUUUUCUAAAUGCUGUCAGUUUACCAUACUGUGUGGUUGGUAAAUAAGCUUUUGUCUCAUUGAAUGACGAGACUUGGCAGGCUAUAAGAAUGAUAAAGUACUCUGAUAGUGUAACGUAUUGUAAGAGUACAAAAUGGAAAAAUGUAUUUCAUAUUUCUCUGCAAAUAAUAAAUAAAUUAAGUUUCUGUACAAA